ACGCUGGAGCCCACACCGGAGCCUAUCCUGGAUCAUACACAACUUGAAGUGCGCAAAGCCUACCGUGGCUAUGGUCUGGGUCCAGCAGCACCUGCGGAAAGCCUUCCCUUCCCUACCAAUGCGCAUUUAACUCUCGUCGAGCUCGUUACAUUCUUACCUAACAGCAUUCGAUGUGCCGACGUCAUAUACCGCUUGAUAUCCAACGGCGGAACCCGCCAGGCCCUUUGGGCUAUCGUGAACACACAACGCGACCUUCCGGUGGAACUCAGUCAGAACUGUUGCGGAGCCUGGAUGUAUAAAUCGAUGAAAAAAGCAGGAUACAACGGCUGGACAAUAAAAACACACGAUAGAUUCCACAGUGGGAGGAAAGCGACAUGGGAGGAAUCCAGAUUAGAUGUCAACUUUCGAAUUCCCAGACAACGCAAACGAGAGAGUACCCAGGUGCCCGAUAUACCGUUCAAAGCCCUGGCGGUGGAUGUGAGGAUUAUGCCACAGGGCGACGAUGCUCUGGACCUAACGCGCAUGGUGCAAUACUGCAUUCAGGAGCCGAGUAAUCCGUGGAUGUACCCGCGCGACUAUGAUGCGCUACUUGGUGUGCUCGGUGGUCCGGCUGCGGUGCAGAAAGAGCAUUCCGACCGUGCUGCAUUUGGGCGGUGGGCUGGAGUUAUGCCACCACCGCCUCGUUAUAGAGCCCCGGAUUAUCUUUUGACUUCGCAAGAAGAGCCAGAGCCAGAGAAGAAGAGGAAGAGGAUGGAUAGCUUGAGAGGGAACAUACCGGUGAUGAGCGUUCUGUCAAGGGAAGAAGUACCGGCACUGAAAGUACGGUCGAGGCAGACAACACCUGCAAUUCCUGUUCAGCCGAAGAGGAGAGGAUGGCCGAAAAGCAGGCCAAGAAAGAGUAAUAUCGAGGAGGGAGCAACGCCACAGCCUGGAGACAUGGAGGAGACCACAGAUCAGCCGUACAUUCGCGACGCAGCAGAGUAUAUCGCGUCGCCGAGCGACGGUGCAGAACCGGUAGACGAGCAGGUGAAUCUUGCGUUCCUCAAAGAAGGCUCUAGAGGACAGAGUGAUCCGUUCAGUCCGUAUGCUUUUGGCGGCCCGCGCUGCUCGCCACCUUUCCGAUUGCUACACCAUAUUGCCCAGCCUGAUCCACAGGAUAGCAGCGGGUGGGCAGAGAACCUGCGAUGGGCAUAUGAGCAGUGCGCAUGCUUCUGGUACAGCUUCCGCACCGAUACGUGGAACGAGAGUCCCGAGCAUAUGGAGUUCAUCGCCAAGACACGGAAGGAGCAGCUCUGGGCUUCUGAGGAGCUGCUGGAGCUGCUG